AUGCGGACAACGAAUCCGUUUUUCUUUCUAUCCAUCUUCUACAAAGCGAAGAUGGCUGUUUUGUUCUCAUUCAUCGCCCUUCUGGCAGCUUGCGCUGCCACCGUCUUGCCCAGUGGUGAUUUACCCGUGGUGGAUCUAGGCUAUGAGUUGCACCAGGCGAUUUCAUUCAAUAAAGAAUAUGAUCUCUACAACUUCAGCAACAUCCGCUAUGCUGCCCCACCGCUCGAUGACUUACGAUGGAAGCUGCCUGUGGCUCCCGAGAAGAACCGGACACACGUUCAAAACGGCGACGUCGGCCGAGUUUGUCCCGGUGCCUUGCCAGUGUGGGCCCUUCUCCAAAGUCAGUGGCUGUCGAGCUAUUGGAAUCAUACAGCUUUCGAGCUUUCUACCAACAUUUUAUCUUAUCCAUACAAUCCCCUCUCAGCAGAUGGACGUACUACCGAGGACUGUCUUUUCCUUGAUGUCAUCGUUCCUAAAGCAAUCUUUGACCAGAACAACAACAAGGGAUCAGAGUACGAGCAACUGGCACCUGUGCUAGUGUGGAUUCAUGGUGGUGGCCAGGUCUCUGAGGAAAAGGCCGAACAUGAUGCCUCUGGACUGAUUCAACGAAGCAUGAUUGACGAAGAUGGGAUUGUCUUCGUUGAGAUCAACUACCGGCUAGGAGUGUUUGGCUUCCUUGCGGGCAACAUCGAAGAAGAUGGAAUCGCAAACUUGGGGCUGCACGACCAACGGUUUGCAUUGGAAUGGGUUGCUGAUAACAUCCAUCUCUUUGGCGGCGAUCCCAAUCAAGUGACAGUCAUGGGAGAGUCCGCAGGUGCCGGCUCAAUUGUUCACCACAUCACAGCGUAUGGGGGCGACAAGGGCCCCGCGCCGUUCCAACAAGCAGUCGUCCAAAGUACCGGCUGGGUCCCUCACAUUACUGAGGCACAGCAAAAGGCCACAAGAGAACAGUUCCUCGCUCUUCUUGAUGUGGAAACAAUUGAUGAGGCUCGAAAGCUGCCCUCUGAAAAAUUGAUUGCAGCCAACACAUUCCAGGUGUAUUACACUCCUUUCUGGGGAUCAUUUGCUUACGGCGAAGUGGUAGAUGGAAGCUAUGUGCCGGAUACCCCAGCAAAGCUUCUGCUUGAAGGCAGAUUCGAUCACGAUGUAAAAGUCAUGAUCGCGCGGGUCGAGGAUGAGGGACUCUUGUUCACGGGUCCGGAUUCCAACGAUACCCACAUACUCGAAAAGGCGGUGCGAGAUUUCGUUCAAGUCUCGGAUGAAACAGCCAAGUACAUCACGGACGUCCUGUAUCCACCGAUCUACGAUGGAUCAUAUGGCUACACAGAUCCGGUACAGCGAUGGGCUCUCUUUGUUGGAGACUGGAGUCUGAACUGCAACGGUGACUACCUCCGACGGGCCUAUGAUAACCAGACCUACUCAUAUCAGUUCAACAUUCCACCUGCCCUUCAUGCUGAGGACAUUCCAUACACUUUCUAUUACAAUGGAUCCACACUCGGCAGCAUCUUUUUCAAUCGCCCAGUGGCCAAUGUCACUGUGGCAUUGGCGAUUCAGGAUUGGAUCACCAGCUUUACCCUUUACGGUGAACCGAAGUCCAAGCUCACUCCAGAUUUCCCUGAACAGGGGUCAGAGGCCCUGCUGAUGGAUGUCCACUUGGAUUCAUUCGGGCUUAUCCAUGAUCGAAUCGAUGGCCCGCGUUGUCAGUUCUGGCAAACUAUCCAAUAUCUUCAGUGA